AUGACUGAGUCCGCCCAGUUUGAGCGUGAUCUCCGCUCUGCCAACAAGGAGUGGCGCCGCGGAAAGGAUUCUUCCGUCAAAUGGUCUCACGGCAGCCGCAAUCUCAGUGGCGUCUACAUGUCGCUCUACGGCGACGUCAACCCCAGCGCGCCAGAGCACAUGCUCAGCAAGCAACGGCCAGAGAAGCGACACAGUGAACGCAACCACACCCCCAAAACCUCCCAAAACAUCGUCAAGGCCCGUUCCGCUUGGGACAUGCCAGCCGCGCGGCGACGCGUCCAAUCGCACACCCUAACCGAACUCGACGCCGCCAUCAAACGCUCCGACCUGCCCUCCCCCAGCGUCGCUCGCACCCGCACCCACUCCCUAUCUCUAUCCUCCAGCUUCCCUUCGCUCACCCCUGCCCCCGAUGCGGGAGUGCUCUACAGCUUCGACCGGACGGAUACCCCCGGCCGGCCGCUCACGCUCGAGGUGUUUGUCAAGCCCGGAUCCGGGCGGAAGGCAGGUGGUGGUGCUGGCGGAGAGACGGAGAAGUUGGUGGAGAGGGAAUAUGAGGUGCUGGAUGGGAAUGGGGAGGCGGUACGAGGACGGAGGGCGAGGGCUGUGUUGAGGAAGGGGGCGAGCGGGAGUGGGAAGGAGAAGGAGGAGGAGGGGAAGGGGAAGGAGGUUGAGGACGGGUUUGAGUUGCUUUGA